CAGACUCCCGCGAAGGCGGCACGGCAAGAGCACGAGACAUCGCAUCACCUAGAAUCCAUGGAGACGCAACAGGCGCCGCAGCCCCAGACCCGGGCUGCUGGGCCCGGCACAUACAAGCGCGCGAGCCGCAAAGGUGCACCGCGCCGCUUUGCUUGCGACUACCCAGGCUGUGAGAAGCUCUACUCGAGGGCUGAACAUCUCCAACGACACCAGUUGAACCGUGCGAUCAUCCACUAUCCACGCCAUCCGCUACUCUCUCUCGCCCGCGUUUGAGCAUGCCUAACGAAGCUGAUCUCCGUCCAGAUGCGCCAAAGGAGAUCUAUCGCUGCGACGUUGCUGGGUGCGAACAGAAGUUUGUGCGUGCGGACCUUUUAGCUCGCCAUCGCAAGCGGCAUUCGGCCUCAUAUGUCCCUCGAAACCGGUUGCCGAGUUUCAGUACUACGACGGAGUCUUCACCCACGGCCACGGCGAUAUCACCUGUUGCUGGCAACGAAGCUCGCCCAACCCUCGCACGGGUCCCGCAUGACGCCGCGAUCCUGCUAGUGCCAGAGACGCGUACCCAGCCACCCGUGUCCCUGCCGCAUCCUGCCCCGAACCCGGACCCCAGGAUGUCGCACCACCCGGGCUGGCAUCAUCCUCCGAUGCCCAACAUCGGGCCCUGCAACGCCAUCCGCCCUAAACAUGGGUACUACCCGCGCGAGGAUCAUCAGCGGGUUCCGGAACAGCACGCACCCGUGGCCUACGCCACCGCCGAGUUUCAGCACGACGAGAUGUCUCGCGAGUCCUUUGGCAUGUGGUUGUUCGAUCCGCACGCGCGGUAUCCUGAGUUUAGCGUCUCCCACUUGCCCUUCAUGGACGGCGGCCUCGAGUCGACACUCAACAAUAACAUCCACUACGACUACGAGUCCCUGACGAGCGGCCGGUCCCAGUUGGAUACGCCCACCCGGUUUGCCGAGACGGACGAGCUCAUCUCGGAGUUCCGGCGGCGGGAGAUCCUCCGAUGGUUCCAGGCCUUCCGCGAGAAGCAGCCCAAAGCCCAACCCCUCGUCGCGAACUUGGUGCACGACAGCAGCGGAGACAUCGCGGACCUGAACGUCGAGAUGAUGCGUGACUGUCUGCAGGAGUACUGGGACCGGGUGUCGCCCAGGCUCCCCAUCGUCCACCAGCCAACCUUCUCGUGCAACCGAUGUUCAAUUUUCCUUCUCAUGGUCAUGGUGGCCCUGGGUGCUGUCUCACUGCGCACAAGGGACUCGACCGGAAAUCUCGCCGACUAUGGAGGCUUUGCAGACGUGAUUAUCUUGGGCGUUAGAUUGGAGAUCCUGACCGCCGAGGAGGCACAGCCCCCAGUAUCUCUCUGGGUGUCGCAGGCCCUCCUGUUACUGGAGUUCUAUGAGAAGAUGUACUCGUCUCGACGACUUCACGAGCGAGCCAACAUCUACCAUACCGUGACGCUCACCCUACUUCGGCGAGGCAGCCCGCUCAUUGGCCGCUCCGGAAGCGAGUCGCCGCCCGAGGUACCGUCAGCUGAGCAUCCGCAGGGGGUAUCGCUCGAUUCCCACACGUGGUGGUGUCGAUGGGCCGAGACGGAAGCCAUUCACCGCGUCGUGUUUGCCGCUUUCAUGAUGGACAUCAUCCACGCGGCCAUGUUCGGACACGCAGCGGAUAUGGCGCCUUACGAGAUCCGACUGCCGCUUCCCUGCGACGACAACAUGUGGACAGCCUCGAAUCCGGAGACCGUGCGGCAGCUGGACCAGAACCUCCGCAUGUAUGGCAUCAGACCGAUAUCGUUCCUCGACGGGCUGAAGCGUGCUCUGCAUGGCAAGGAAGUCAAGACUCACUCGUUCGGGCGCAUGAUCAUCAUGUCUGGGCUCCUGAGUAUUGGCUGGCAUCUGAGCCACAGGGAGACACACCUCAAGUGGCUCGACCUGACCACGCCAUCCACCGAGAUGCACGAGGCGUGGAAGAAGAUGCUCUUGAGCGCCUUCGAUGACUGGAAGCACAGCUUUGACGCUGCGCAAGGUGCAGCGGGGAAUAAUCCGAGCCUUGGGGACGGGCCCGGCUCGAACGGACCAGUCCACAGCGCGGCGGUCAUCUAUCACCUGGCGCACAUCAGCUUGCACGUCGAUAUUAUCGACUGCCAGGUGUACGCCGGCGCGAAACGCUUGCUGGGCAGAAAGAUCUCGGUACGGGACCAAGCCAACGUUGUCGCGCGGAUGCCGGGGUGGGCCUCGCUGCCAUCGACGCGCCACGCCGUCCUGCACGCCUUCAGGCUGCUCCAUCGGGUCCUGGUCGAUCCCCGACGGAGCGCAAGUGCCGGCGACCGCGAGCGCCUGGAGAUCGGGCCGGGCGUAGUCAGCCUCCCCCCCAUCGAGGUUCACCAGUCCUACUCGUGCCGCACCGAGCCCGACCCGCACCGGCCCUGGGUCAUGUACUACGCCGCGCUGAGCAUCUGGUCCUUUGUGCAGGCCAUCAACAACCGGCCGGACUCGUUGCAGGAACCACCACCACCACCCGUUAGCCACUACUCGGCUGCCGGUCCGUUCCGGCCGGCCAAGCUUUCUCUGCCCCAUGUAAACUAUCGGCGCGUGGCGGCCUACCUCUCCAACAUUGCCAACCUGCCAGAGCUGACCGAGAAGGUUGCGCUGAGCCUGGGCGACGGCCUGCCGGACUUGUUGGACGCUCUGCGGUCUGUCUUUGCUGAGGCGGAUUCUGAGCUGCUGCAGGAGGCGCAGGAGAGGCUGAGGGUGUGUAAGGAGAUGCUGAGCGCAGCGGCGGGGUGAAGUGUCGUGGGUCGAUUGUGCACCGGCUUUGAGUGCAUCGGCUCAACAUUUGGGAACAUAAGCAGUCCGCUUUCUGCGGAUGUCGGAAACCCCGUAGCCCCCACCUUAGCUGGCUGUUUCCGACCCUAUCUCCAACGACGGCAGUGUGCGGUUCGACACGUCCGCGUCAGUACAACCGAGUUACAGGCCCUCACAGCUUGAAGUAUCCCUUCCACAGCCUCUUCAAGUGGCCCUUCGGAUCGUAUUUCCUAGCCACACUCCUCAACCUGGCCUGGUUCUGCGCCCCGUAACCAGCAUACACAUCCUGCGUUUUCCCCGC